GUGUCCUUUGGCAGCCCUGGCAUUCCGCACUCCUUCCGCUCCGGGAUUCAGUUAGGACUCAGUUGCUGUUGGGAGCGGACGUGCGAAAAUCGGGCAAAUUAACGCCUCUGAACAAUCAGAACUCAUUCAUCAAGCAUAGACGUCUCAGUUCCUCACCUGCCAUUCCUUGUUUGCCCCCUCAAAAGUUCAAAACAAACUAAUUUUAAAGUCAAAAAAAGCCAAGCUAACGAAAAUAGAACGGCACAGAAAACCCACCCACCACAAACAAGCAAACUACCCACCCACCAACAACACCACCACCACCCCAAAGCGAAACCCACCCAGCAAACAAAAAAGGAAUCACCUUGAAAACGGCGUAGGGUGAAAAUAUUUAGAAUAGCACUGGGCAGGAGGAGCACGGCCGGAAAGUGGGACACCAAAUCAACAAGUCGUAAAUUAGCUGCGAGUUAGCCUCAUACCCAGGAAUCACAACCAAUUGGAUACCCACUCCUCCAGGAUAAAUGGCGCGGCGCAAGGACAAGCCGCGGGUUAUUCCCGAGCAGGAUACGCGCAUCUGUCGCGCCAUCUGCCUAUGCCAGCUGACCAUGGUGCUGUCCUGCGUGUCCAUCGUCUACCUGAGCGUGGCCAUUUACUCGCCCUCUUUAAAGGCCUUCAAAUCGGGCUUCGAGCAUGAUCCAGUCAUGUGCCAAACGGUGGACCGACAAAUGCCCAAUAACUGCCCCUGGGCCUCCUGCGGAGAAUGGUGCCUGACCAAGACAAGUGGCUUCUGCCCCCAGAUCCACUCAAUAGUGCGACGCAAUGGUACCGAUAUACAACUGAACAACUGCACCCGGGUGACCAACACAUCCUGUGCUAUGAUUGACCUGAGUCGGCUGAACAAAUUUAAUUGCAACAACGGGACCGCCUGCAAUAACAUCAGAGGAGUCUUCAACUGCUCCAAUGGACACUGCAAGAAUAUGUCGGAGUUCUUCCUGUGUCACCACAAGGCUGAUGGACAUACCAUCAACUCGCAAAAGGACAACACCAAGCUAAAUGGUUUCUUCGAGUGUCAUGGGGUGCACUGUACCAAGAUCAAAAAGCCCUUUAGCUGUGAUCGUUACUGUUCCAAGAUAACGACUGCUAAUGUCAAUACUCUUAUUAUGCAUGAGGACAAUGUUAUCGCAGCUGAUUGUGAGAAUGCAGUGGCUUUUAACCAGGCCCGAGGAUCCGAGCAUGGAGUCCGUAUUGAACCCUUUGAGUUCUGGAAGGAGGACGACGGCAACCUGUUGACCAACUGCGCCACAGUCACCAGAGAGUCUGAUAAUCGCAUCACUGCCACGGAUUGCCUGAAUGGCACCCUCUUAGAACACGAUACUUUGCCCGCUCCCUUCAUGAACUUCACCCAGUUCUGGGCGAUCUAUGAGAACAGCACCAGGUCGGUGGACCCUGAGCAGAGGUAUCUGCCAAACCAGGCCAACUUGACCAUUUACAGCUGGAAGAAACUGUUCAUCAAUCUGGAGGGCUGCGUAAAUACGCUUCGCGGGGAAUGCAAGGACUUUGUGGCUCGCUAUGGCAACGACGGCGAUAACAAUACCGCCCAGUCACGCUACCAGUGCUACUAUAACAAGGAUUCAAAUGUGGAGUUUGUGGUGGCACGCUAUGAUUUGGAUAAAGUUUACAGGGAGCUCCUAGUCUCGCUAAUAGUGCCCAUCGUCCUUUUUGUGGUGUCGUCUAUAUCGUUGUGUAUUAUUACCAAGUCCGUCAAGGUCGGUGAUGAUGCCAAAAUGCGUUGUGUUUGCGCCGGCGAUGAAUCUGAUAACGAUGAUGCCUUUGGCCGGGGAUUGGCCAACAAACAGCAGGAUCAUAUGUACGAUACAGACGACGAUGUAGUUGAUCUUGAGAACCAGGCAGUUGGUGGUCAAGAGCUAUCGGACCAUGGUCUACCCUUAGAUAACCACGAGAUGAUUGGCAGCACCAAGUCUCUGAUACCACUAAGUCCAACUGGAGAUUCGGGAACCAGUGAGCAGAACUUCGACCAGGAUCAAGAGAAGGCCACUACCUGCGAUGUGCCCGAGAAACCACUAGUAAUACUUUAAGCAGAUUAACCACAACUUGCUAGGCAAGUCGCAUCAACAAAAACAAAGGAUUCCAAUAAGGAAUAAUCCUGGAAGACCACGAAAAACAGCACCAAACUUUAUGGACCUGUGCAUUGUACAAGGGGAACUGAAUUUAAAUUCUACUCAGCGCAUUUAUACAACGUUUACACCAACUAACAGAGAAAUGGAACGGAUCUUUACUUUUCUUGGUUAAAUAAGGAUAAUCACACAUAUUUACUAGACGUAUAGCCCCCAGAUGAACAACGAUCAGAUUGCCGAGCUUUAUUUACCCGAUCCCCACUCUAGCAGUUCCAGCAGAUGCGCCUUAGACAAAGUUGCAUUUAUAUAGAGUAUAUAGCAUAAACCAACUGACAUCUGCUGAACCAAACAAACACCAGGACAGACCAAGGAAGCAGCCUCGGACUUGGACAUCCGACUCGCCUUAACUCUCGACUUUGUAGCUAUGCAAUAUUCAACGUUUACUUAAAUUAGUUAAAGCGAUGGAGUAACAGUACCUACUUAUAUCUGAUAUACUUAUAUACUCGUAUUAUAGCAAAUAAAACACCAUUUGGAAUUCUCUCUACAAAAA